UGACAUUUUAGACUAGUUUAGCUAAGAGGAGUUAGCAGUGUUUACACCACCGUUGCAUGCUGUUUCUUUGGACUGAAAUAGUCUGGAAUAGUCUGGACUAAAGAUGCUGUUGACCCUAUGACCUGGGAUAAGCGGGGAUGACCGGAGGUGGCGGUUGACAUGGCCCUAGGUGCACUGCUCUUGUUGAUGUUACUGCUGGGACUGUUUGACGAUGUGUGUGCAGUUCCUGCUCCUUCUGGCCUCUUCAUGAAGUCCAUCAACAUGAGACACACUCUGACCUGGCUCCCCCUAGAGGACAAGUGCAACACUACAGUGCAGUAUUCAGUCCAGUACCAAGGGGACUUUGAGCGGCUGGUCUUGAACAGGACCUGGUUGAAUGCUGCCCGCUGCCAGCUGACCUCUCUGUGCCAGUGUGAUCUAAGCUUAGAGCUGGCCUCAGACUCAGACUACAACCUUAGGGUCUGUGCACACUGUGGGCGUGACCGGUCACCAUGGCAACAGCUGGUCCCGCCUUUCAAUCGCAUUGAUACGGUGCUAUUGUCCCCGAGGAUGAAGCUUGACGUGCUGGGGGACAGUGUGCUUGUGUCUCUGGAGGAUGUACCUCAGAUCUGUUUCGUGCGAGUGUCUCUGUGGAGAAGGGGUCUCCGGGACCAGGUGCAGGAGAAGGUGGUUCGCUUAAAGCAGGUCCUGUUUGACAGCCCUCCUCUGCUGGAGGGAGAGGAGUACUGCGUCCAAGCACAGAUUGAGCUGCCCUCUGGCCCCAGGAGCAGCCCCACAGCACCACAGUGUGUCCCUAUCCCAGGUCCUGAAAGCUGGUCGUUGGAGAAGCGGGUCACUGUGGUGUUCGGUGUCCUCUUGUCUGCAGGAAUUCUAUGUACUGUCGUCUGGUUCAGUGUCCGUGGCCUGCCUCAGACCUGCCUUAGGUUGUUCCACAAAGUGGAGCUGCCACAUUCCCUGCAUUUUCAGGAGGACAAGGACAUUUUACCUCAGAUACAAAAGGAGCCCCAGGAGAAAGUCCACAUGUUGAAGGUGGUAGCACCUCCCCCCUCUGCUGUGGAUCUUCUGUAAGGACGGUCCAGAAGUCCUCCCCCCUCUGCUGUGGCUCUUCUGUAAGGACAGUCCAAGAGUCCUUCCCCCUCUGCUGUGGCUCUUCUGUAAGGACGAACCAAGAGUCCUCCCCCCUCUGCUGUGGCUCUUCUGUAAGGACAGUCCAAGAGUCCUCCCCCCUCUGCUGUGGCUCUUCUGUAAGGACAGUCCAAGAGUCCUCCCCCCUCUGCUGUGGCUCUUCUGUAAGGACAGUCCAAGAGUCCUCCCCCCUCUGCUGUGGCUCUUCUGUAGGGAUGAGAGAGUAUUGGUCCUGAUAGUGGAGGUCUGCAAGGAUGUACUUUUACCUCUGACAAACCAAAGUCUUGAUCAGGAGAAAUGUGCUGCAGACAGACUGGAUGAACAUUCAUUCUAAUGAUCUCCUGAUGGUCGGGAGGCGAUGAAGGAUGGGUCAAAUGCAGAGGACAAUAUAUAAUGAUCUCCUGAUGGUCGGGAGGCGAUGAAGGAUGGAUCUAUGAGAACAUUUACAUUUUAUAAUAGUAUUUAUCAGUGUUUUGGAAGUGUUAGAUCUUGAUGAGAUCAAAUUAUUAAAGGUGCAUUAUGUAAAUUUUCAGGAGUGGUCCUCUUAUCUCCAUGGUUACUUCAUUAAUAUUAAUAUUACCACUUGAAAAAAAAUAAAUUCUUAGCAGGCUUGCCUCUCCACUGAUC